AUGGAUGAGUAUGACAAGAAAGUGUUGAUGUUUCCACCAAAGUUUAAAAAAGCCAAAUGUCUGUUUCUGAAGAAAAAAGCCUCUGGUCACAUUGAUACUGCAGCAAUGGCAAGGUAUAAUAUAAUAAAUUCCAGACCAAAGUGGCAAAACUAAUAAUUUGAUUUUAAUGUUGUACAUUUCAGAACAUUUGUUACUGGUGGACAAGUUGCACAAAGUCCUUCAACAAGUAGACUUGUAGAGGCAAUCAUGUUACAAUUGUCUGGGGAGACAGUUGAACAAAGGGCAAAACGACAUGAAAGUCCCUACCUUUCCAAGUGGAAGGUAGUAGUUUUAAGGUACAAUACCCUGAGGAAUACUGUCAUCAACAGCCGCCUCUACAAGUCUACAAAUCUUCAGUUGUAUCCAGUCAAUGAAACAACAAUUUGCAAAUGGUAAGUGUUUGUAAUUAAAUAUAAAGCAAUCUGCAGUACUUUCUAAUUUUUAUUAAGCACAUGAAACUGCUAUUACAAGGACUGUCCAUGCCAGAUCCACCCUUACCAAAACGAUUGGAGUUGGAGAAAAUCCCAUCAACAGCACCAAUACCAAUCGCACCAGAUUCCUCGGCUCUUUCUGCCAGGCCGGGCAAUAAACAUGUUAUAAAUUAAUCUGCAUUUUAAUAUGGAUUUAAAACUGCCUGUUUUAAAUGUUAGUUCUUCAUAUGGUUCGCCAGAUGUGGGAAUGACAGUACCAGGGCUAACACAAAUUGAAUGGACCAAUGUAACAGAAAAGUCCAAACUCGGUGAAGGCAGUUUUGGGGAAGUAUAUUCGGCAAAAAUUAAUGAUAAACUUGUCAUAGUUAAAAAGCUUAGAAGGCAGAAAAAACAUAGGGAGAGAGAUUUAUUUGCGAAAGAAGUGCGGAUUCUUAGAGGUUUGCGCUGUAAACAUAUUGUGGGCGUCGAAGGCUACUGUUCAAACCCUAUCACAGUGAUUCUCAA